ACCAGACCCUGCGGGGAGUCCCUGUGCGGUGAUGUGCGGAAAUCCCGUCUCUCCCCCGCGGGAAAGGGCCCAGCCGCCCGCCGUGCCAUGGCCCAGUGACCAUCCCUGCUCUGGGGGACCUCCCUGCUCCGAGCCGCUGCGGGCCUUGCGCGCUUCUCACUCACCCUCGGCCCCCAGGUGCAAUGGGGACCCCCCUCGCACUCCAGAGAGGAGCCGCCUGGCUGAGAGGGGCCCAGAGCCCCUGGGAAUGAAGAACCCAAGGGAGUCUCCCCGACGCCUGCCCUGGAGCUCCCCUCGCGGUCACUGGCCCCUCGGAGCCGGCCCCCAGCACACCGGGGAGCCGCUCGCAGCGUGUCCGGCCUGGGCAGCGGGGGCAGCUCCGGGACCUUCCUGCUCAGUCACCAGCCAACCCCGAGCUCCAGCUUCAGCACCUCGUGGGGCGCCAUCGGGGGGGCAGGAGGCCGGCCCUGGGGAGGGGAGUCAGCCUCCUGCUGAACCGUUUACUUUUCAUUCCCGGUUGCGGCAUCUCCGCGGGUCCCAAAGCGCCUCCACGCGCCGAGAAAACCCGCGUGCGUAAAGCAGUUUAAUUACCGGGUGGGCGUAAAUCCUGCUCUGCGCCGCCCGACCGCCGCUGCACGGCGCUUGCGGGGAAAUGUCUCCUCCGACUCGCGGCUGGAGGGAGCCGCGCAGCCGGGCCCCCUCGGUAACCGACUGCCCGGCGCUGCCGGUGGCGGGGAUCGCCGCCCCCAGCGCAGGCCGGCGGCGCAGGCUCCCUGCACGGAACAAAGCCGAGCCCGUGCCCGUUACCUGCAGCUGGGGCAGGGGCAGGCCCAGAAAUGCCUCGAGGCACGUCAGAAGCGGCGCAGAGCGACCAAGACUCUGUUGACAGCGGUAAUUUUCCCGGCUGCCUCGCGCUCGCUUUGCUUUGCUCGGCAGGAUUCACCUGCCCGCCCAGUGCCUUGGUUUCUGCUUUCUUCUGAGCCUUCCCUGGCGCGCCCCCCGCUACUUCCUGAAUUGCAUCCCCAAGGCGCGACUCCGUGCGUGGGGUGGGCAGGGGAGGAUGCCCACGAGCCCAGCUCCCACUGGUGUCAGAGAAAGACUGACGCCGGCUUCCCCCGGACUUUUGGAGGCGUGGUUUGGAUUCGCAGAGACCUCAGAGCCUGCAACUCAUCCUGAAACUAGCGGGGAAAUCGCCCCCUGGCCGGAAAACCCACGGGACUCCCCGAAAAGCAAUCUGUGCUGAGACUGGGCGAGCUCCUCGCCAGCCCCAUCCUGCCGCCGGUCCAGGGCAUGGCACCGCUUGUCACUCUUCCUCCUCCUGGCUCUCCGGCUCACAAGUCAGUCUGUCCGGCCACGCACCCGCGACUGCUGCGGGGCGGGGGGGGGGAGACAAUUGUCUUUCAAUAAAAACAAGAACCCAGAGUCUCCCCCUGCGGUGAAAUCUCGUGGGAUUGUUUCCUCGCGUUAUUAUAACCCGCUCUUUUCUGCCUCCGUUUGCUCCAGAGAAGGCCCCCGGCUCCCCUCUCUGGCCGCUGCUGCUCGCGGGGUUCCGCGUGAAGAAGGGCAGCGAAGGGAGAUGAAAGCCGCGGCUCCGGCCCCACUGGGCAGCCCCAGCGGCACUAGCCUGCGCCUGGCGUUACACACAGCCCGCGUGCGUUAUUUCAGUCCGAGGGAAGGGGCUGCAGGGCAGGGGUCUCCUGGGACCCGAGCGAAAUCCGGCUCCCGGGGGAGCUGCCCACGCGGGACCCCCGGCACUCGAGUUCGGAGACGUGUUUCCUAAGGGCCCGGAUUCCUUAAGCUCCAGCGAGCAGGGAUUUCACAGAGGCGCUCUGGAAAUCCUCCGCCGCCCCCCAGUUCCCAAACUGCCCCGCCUUGCUUUGCAGCCGGGGAAUCACGUCGUUGCCCAUCGCUGGGUGACCUGGCGACUUCCACUGGCCCGGCGCGCCUCCCCCCGUGCCAACGCUCCCCAAAGGCGCAGGUUUCACGCGGGACUCUGGCCAGGUCUCCUUCACCUCCGAGUCCCACCCAGGCGCCCGGGGCUCUGCUACUGCUCCCAGCCCGACCGCCUCUCGAGCAGCCGCGCAGGUGGGUGACACGGAGCGGGGAGCGCUCGCCCAGGUCCCACUCUCACGGGGCUGCGCUGCGCGGCUGGUUUCUCGGGAUCCGGCCCCCGGUGGCCCCGCACGAGCCUUCGCUUGUGGGUGGGAAAUAAACAAAAUGAUGCAACUUUGUUCAAGUCCUGCCACCGCUCUGCGAGCAGCUCAAAACGGGCGGUUCCUCUGCGGUGCCUGGAGAGCGCAGGACGCGCCUUACCUCCGCCCGGUGAGCGAUACAGCCCCUUUCCCCGGGAUUUCCGAGUCAGCUUCCCGUGCUCCGUCCGCACCCCAGUUCCCAGGGCAGAGCUAGAAGGGGGUCGCUAGGCACUGCCCCAGCCCCGGCACGUUGGCUUCCCUUAGGGCACAAAAUCUGCACCAAUCCGCGCGCCCCGUCUCCCCUUGACGGACAGCCGGGCCCGGGGAGGCCCCGCCCGCCUGACGUCUCCGGCCGGGAUUUGCAUGAGUUGCGGUGCCGGGGCGGCUGGAGCUCAGUGUCUGCGGGCGCAGGAGGCGGAGUGCGGCGAGCCCGGGCGCUCGGAGCCUCCCCAGCAUGGAGCUGCCCGCCGUGGGGGAGCACGUCUUCGCCGUGGAGAGCAUCGAGAAGAAGCGGAUCCGAAAGGGCAGAGUCGAGUACCUGGUGAAAUGGAGAGGCUGGUCCCCCAAAUAUAACACGUGGGAACCGGAGGAAAACAUCCUGGACCCCAGGCUGCUGAUCGCGUUCCAAAACAGGGAGAGGCAGGAGCAGCUGAUGGGAUACCGCAAGCGAGGACCAAAACCGAAGCCGCUGGUCGUUCAGCUCCCUUCGUUCGCACGGCGCUCCAAUGUCCUCACUGGACUACAGGACCCUGCUGCGGACAACAGGCCGAAGCUGGAGCUGAGCUCCUCUGGCAAGAGCCAGCAGCAUCAGUACGAACUCAACAGCAAGAAGCACCACCAGUACCAGCCCAACGGCAAGGAGAGCCGCAUGAAGCACCAGCCACAAAGCAAAGGGAAGUAUUACUACCAGCUGAACAGCAAGAAGCACCACCACUACCAGCCUGACCCCAAGAUGUAUGAGCCCCACUACCAGCCCGGCAGCAAGGAGCCACAGAGCCAGGCCUGCUUGGACCACAGCAAAAGCCCCUUGGUCACCCACCCAGACAAAUGGGCUCACAGCCCAGCCAAGAGCCUGCUGAGCCCAGUAAAGAACCUGGCUGCAGAGGGAAAGAAUGGAGCUGAGAAGAACCUGUCUAGUGGCACCGGGCCGCCUUCCCGUGAUGGCGUGACCAGCAAUGGCAUUGGGGGCAAAAUGAAGAUUGUCAAGAAUAAGAACAAGAACGGGCGCAUUGUGAUCGUCAUGAGCAAGUACAUGGAGAAUGGCAUGCAGGCAGUGAAGAUCAAGUCCGGGGAACCGCCCAGGAAGCGGACCACGGAGGAGAGGACUCCCAGGAAGGGUGGGGAGGAGAAGCAGGAGGCCUGGCGAAAGCAUGGGGAGGAGAGAGUGGCAGGCAGUGACCCCAAGAGCAAAGCUGGACUUGGGGGCGGCCCCCCCUUCACAGAGCUCAGAGGGAGCCCCAGAAAGACUCCCCCUGCCAAGGAGGCACCUCCUCCCCCCGAGCAGCCCCUGCAGCUCACCACCAAGCCCAACCUUGUGCCCUGGUCCCUGGAGCCCAGCCGGGAGCACAGCCCUGCCCCCAUGGGACUGAAUCUCUCCACCCCAGGCUCCAGGAAGCGUUGCCUCUCUGAGCCGCAUGAGGAGAGGGAGCCAGGCAAGAAGCGCCUCACCUCACGGAGCAUCAGCGCCCCCACCUGCCUGAGCCCCCAAGCGCCAGAGAGGCCCGAGCCCCCUCUCCCAGCCACCCCCCAGCCAGAGGUCAUCCUGCUGGAUUCGGACCUGGACGAGCCCAUAGACUUGCGCUGCGUCAAGCCCCGGGGCGAGUGUGAGCUGGCUGUGGCGCAGGUGAAGCCAGAGGCGCCGCUGGUGCCGACGGAGAAGCCGGCCGUUGAGCCUCAGCAGCAGCAGGAGGCGGACGGGGAGGGAGAGGCAGAGCCCCUGCAGGAGUUCAAGCCCUUCUUUGGGAAUAUAAUUAUCACGGAUGUGACCGCGAACUGCCUGACCGUCACCUUCAAGGAGUAUGUGACAGUGUGAAAGGGCAGAGGCUGCUCCCCCUGGGGAGGGACCCUGACACUGUCCUGGAGCUGCCUGCCCCUCGACCCCCUCUAAGGUAUUGUCACUGCCCUGACACCCACCUCCCUCCCCUCCCCACCAUGGUGACUGCAGCACUCAUGCAGGGAGAACCCCACCAGAUGCCUCCCUGCCCAAGAGGAGGGGAGGGCGGGACACAGUGACUCUGCCCCUGCUAUGCUGGGGGUAUCCUCUACUGCUGCUCCAUCCCUGCAGUCCCAGGGACUUGCAGGUAUCAGGACACACGAGGAUGGGGCCGGCCAGUUACUCACAGAGUUACAUAGUAUUAUAUUUUAACAGUGCUAACUUGUCGAGUGAUUCUUGCUCCCGUUUGUACGUGGUGUUAUUGAAAUGUAUUGUUUGAGCUGAAAGCUGGUCCCUCUCUGGCCAUGCGAAUAUAUUUAUUUGUAGGUAUUUAUAUAAUGAAAUAUAAAUCCUAGAUUUAUGGAGUCCCUAGAUCCCCUUAUAAACUAUAUCAAACAAAUAUUUUGUGUUCUUUUUAACCAUUCAGCAUUUGUUAGUCUCAUUCCUUUGACCUGUCUUCAUGAGCUGCAGGACCAUUCCCUGGUAUAUAUUUUUUGAUACUGUACAUGUGUUGUUUCUAUGUCAAAAAUAAGUUCAUUAUCUAAAGCUAAACAAGCUAUUAUAGAAACUGCUGCUACUAGAAAUGUCUAAACUAUAAGCUUCCUAUUAUUAAUUGCUUGAAUGUAAAUAUUAAAUGGAGAUGUUGAAAGUGCAUUUGAUGUUCUGCAGCUAGCAUAGAUCUGAUUGCAAAGACCAGCUGUUAGAAGGUGGGGCCUAAGCUGCCAGUGGCACUUCCUGGUUUAAGGACUGUAUUGUGGACGAAGAAAAUGUAUCAUGCAAUCAUUGCAAAGGACUAUAAACCUUUACAAAAACUA